AUGUCGAUCCUCUCCUCCGUCCUUCACAUCGUCAUUCCCGUUUGUGAUGACCGGUUUCCUGCAACGAUGCCCAUGUUCUGGGGGUGGUUGUCGGCGCUCCCCGCCUCGGUGUGUGCAAUUCUGAUCAUGCUAUAUCACCGAGACGCCAUUCAAGAGCGCGGGUUCUCGAAAGAGACAGCCCGAAAUUUCGGGUUGUUGUACGGCUUCAUUUCCGUCGUGGGAUGCUUCAUCUACUUCACGUUCGUCUUCGCCGCCGUCGUCAUGGUUUUCCGGUGCAACGAGGUGCUCACGGCCCAAGGGAUGAAUUGCGACCCAGGGAAUUUCGGAUACAACGCGUUUUGGUUCUUCAUGACAGUCACCUGGUUGAUUUUCCAGAGCUGCCUGACGCCGCGCGCGCGAUUCAUCGAGGAAUUGAUUCUGAAGCACGACCAAGCACAAGCAGCUGCAACGAAUCUUCCCGUCAUGCCGAGCUCCCCUACGUACGAGAACAGUCCGGGAGCGACAGUCGCCGGCGUCCAUCCUACUGUUUACGGCAAUCCGGCGGGCCGGAAUGGGUAUGAGACACCCAUGGUGUAUGGGAACCCCACCGAAAUGACUGGUCCCGCUACGUAUGCGAAAACGGAAGGAAAUUAG